UGGUAUGAGGCUUGGUGUGAUUAAAAGAAUGAGCUCAUCCUUCAGCCGUGCUGUAGAACUACUGCCCCCUUCCCUGAAUUGGGUGGAUAACGACUAUUAUGUUGGAUCAGGGAAAGGACUUGACGUGGUGAACAAAGCCACUGGAAAUGUAGUCAUGACCAGUGCCUCUGCUAGUGAUGCUGAUGUCGACACAGCAGUACAGUCUGCCCUUGCAGCAUUUCAGACUUUCAGAGAUAUACCUGCUGCAGAACGAGGCCAACUUCUCCUAAAGGCAGCUACGCUACUUGAAGAGAGGACGAUAGAGUUCGCUCACCUCGAAACACUGGACACAGGAAAACCUUUCUAUGAAUCAGAGAUGGACGUUGGUACAGGGGUUGAUGCCCUGAGAUUCAUUGGAGGCUUAGUUCAGAACUAUCAUGGCAAUCACUUUGAUUUAGGGGGAAACUUUGCAUACACAUCUAGGGAACCCCUUGGUGUUAUCGGAGGGAUAGGACCUUGGAAUUAUCCUCUACAAACGGCGUGCUGGAAGAUUGCUCCUGCUUUAGCCUGUGGAAAUUCUCUCGUUUACAAGUGUUCUGAGUACACUCCUCUCUCGACAGUAGCUUUUGCAGCACUGCUAAAAGAGGCUGGGCUUCCUGCCGGUGUGGUGAACAUUGUGGCUGGUGAGGGCUCAGUGGGAGCCGCCAUUACCGCCCACCCAAACAUCUCCAAACUCAGCUUCACUGGAUCCGUCCCUACUGGCAAACGGAUAAUGUCCAAAGCUUCGGAUAGUCUUAAGAAAGUAACCCUGGAACUCGGUGGCAAAUCACCUCUUAUUAUCUUUGAUGAUGUGGAUAUGAAGAAUGCGGUAUCUACUGCCAUGCUUGCUAACUUUUUCUCCCAAGGGGCGGUUUGCUCAAACGGUACACGUGUGUUUGUUCAGAGAUCCAUCUUGGAAGAGUUCACAUCUCAACUUGUAGAACGAACCAAGAAACUGAAGAUCGGUAACCCGAUGCAGGAGGACGUUAAAGUGGGAGCCACGAUCUGCAAGAUGCAGUAUGAUAAGAUCCUGAAGUAUCUGGAUAUAGCGAGAGAGGAAGGUUGUGAGGUGUUAUGUGGGGGUGGAGCAGUGACCCUUGAUGAUCCUGACCUUGCUGGAGGUUUCUACAUUGCCCCAACAGUUCUGGGAAACUGUACAGACGACAUGACAGUGGUAAAGGAGGAAGUGUUCGGACCAGUUCUCAGUAUCUUAGUGUUUGACACGGAGGAGGAGGUUAUAAAGAGAGCUAAUGAUACUCCUUUCGGACUGGCUGCUGGAGUUUGCACUCAGAAUUUAUCUCGAGCCUAUCGAGUAACAUCUAAACUAGAAGCCGGCUCUUGCAACAUCAACACAUUCAACAAUUUCCCUACAGUAAUACCUUUCGGGGGAUACAAGAACAGUGGGAUUGGUCGGGAACUGGGCGAGGAAUGUUUCAAUUAUUAUUCCCAAACUAAAUCUGUUUACGUGGAAACGGGCGACCCCUGGUGCCCAUUCGAGUGAUUUAAGUUAAACACUUUUCAGAGCUCUUUGUUUAUAUGAUUUUUACAAAUGUCUAUGUUAGUUAGUCUUAGAUCGUUUUAUGUAAAUUAGG